AUGGCGCGGAGGAGGGGCGGCCCCGCGCCGGCGACAGCGGUCGCCUCUCCGGCCAUGCUCGGCACGGUGUCCGUCAUGGCGCUCGUGUACUACUCCACGGUGUUCGUCUUUCUCGACCACUGGGUCGGCCUCGCCACGCCGGCCGGCGCCGCCCACGCCGCCGCCGUCUCGCUCGCCGUCGCCGCGUGCUUCCUCGCCUUCGUCUGCGCCGCGGGUGCCGACCCCGGCACCGUCCCACCCGCGUUCGCCCCCGACGCCGAAGCCGCGCAGGGACAGGGGUUGAAAUCUAGGUAUUGUGAUAAAUGUUGCAUGUUCAAGCCUCCUCGGACCCACCACUGCAAGGUCUGCAAAAGGUGUGUUCUGAAAAUGGAUCAUCACUGUGUCUGGAUCAACAACUGUGUAGGAUACGCAAACUACAAAGCCUUCAUCAUUUGUGUCCUAAAUGCAACUAUUGGGUCUCUUUAUUCAUUUGCGAUAUUUCUAUGCGAUCUACUUCUGAAAGAGCAUGACUUUGAUAUUCUAUAUGUGAAGAUACUCUAUAUCUUGGCAGGUGUCCUGUUGUUCUUCUUAAGCUUGACAAUAGGUUCUCUACUAUGCUGGCACAUCUAUCUCUUGUGUCAUAACAUGACAACCAUAGAGUACCGGGAGGCAGUAAGAGCGAGGUGGCUUGCAAAGAAGAGUGGGCAGAAGUAUCGCCACCGGUUUGAUCUUGGGAUACGGAAGAACAUUCAAAUGAUCCUGGGUCCAAACAUUCUUUGCUGGCUUUGCCCUACUGCGACGGGGCAUCUGAAGGAUGGCACCGACUUCCAAAUCACGAACAACUGA